AUGAACGAAAUUUUUGCUCAAGCUAAAAGUAUUCUUGUUGUUGGGGUUGAUGAUGUUGAUCCAGAAAAUUUACUACCUUUUCGAGAAAUAAUACAAACAAAAGCCCAACAAGCACAUAUUACAUUCGAAAAUGUACAAAUGUUAAUCGAAUCUCGACGUGCAACAUCAUCAUUUGAUAUUAUUCUAUUUGAUUUAAUUAGUAAAACAGAUGAACCAACAAGUAUUGAUUUAUUAAAUGAAUUUUUUCGUUUAUUACAUCCAAAUGGUUAUCUCAUAACACAUAUUGAACAUACUAAACAAACACAAGCUAUAGAUCAUUUUAAAAUGUGUGGAUUUAGUAGUUAUAAUCCAUUAGAUUCAAAUUCAUCAUUUUUA